GGCCAUAAAUAUAAAUCAGUCAAAUGGAUAAACACUAAGGAUGGCGGUAACUGAGCGUACCUUCUUGUGCCACAUGAUGACAUAUUCUGCUCAAACUAGUUUACUGCGUGCCUUUCGAAACCUCAAAAUGACAUAACUACAGUAAAUAUUUGUCUUACAAAAAAACAUUGAUGCCAUAAAUAUAAAUCAUUCAGAUGAAAACCGGUUAGGUACGGCGGCGGUAUUUGAGCACGAUUUGUGCUGCGUGACAACACAUUCUUGUGCCGUUCACAACCUCGAACUACAUGAGGGGACCAUCGUUUAAUGGUGGAAUCACAAAAAGAUAUGCAGUACAGUAAUACAUUUGAACCUUUAACACACCAAAACUCCCAGCAUUAAAAUCAGUUUCAAAUUGCUAUUGCACUACUAAACCACGAGACAAGACAAAACAAACACUUGACAGAAAUGUGUUGAUGUUCAGAAGUGAAACAGAUUCCCUUCCAUGUUCUCUUGCUAAAGCAAGACACUGAGCCAUCUUACGCUCAACAGCUGCCACUUGAAGAUGUAUUGGAGUGCUCAGUCAAUUUGGUGUGUGACCUUUCGCUUGCACUCUGCUAACUCAAGCUCUGAAGUGGGAGCAAAAUGAGCUGCCUCCAAAUUGGAUGUCGGUUUAAACAAGUGCCCCAAAUCUGGAAACCUCUUCACUAAGUCAGCCAUAAAAGAAUGAAAACCACUUUGGUUUUAAUCCUCUAAACUGAACAUACAUCCUUGAGGAGCAGGGGAAAAGGGGUUUUGUACAGUAUACUUGUAAAAAGUCAGUUUUUAGUUCAGUUCAGACCUUCUUAAAGUUGAGUGGUUUCCAUUCAUAAGAUGCUGCAUGAGAAAAGUGAGGACUGUUCAGCGUCCAGCUGUCUGCUGCGACUCGCAUUUUUGCAAAGCCAGAAACAUGUCCACUACUUCAAAGUGUGCGGUGGUAGGCCUUUUUAUUGCCACUGUCCUGUAAUUAUGCAUUCCCUGGAGGGAAAAAACUAAAUUCCACCCAUUUUCUGAAACAUCGUUUUUUCAUUUGCUUCUAAGCUCAUGCAAAAUAGACAAAUAGGUCAAAAAUGCACAUUGUUAUAAAUAAACCUCUUUGUCAGUCAGAUGAGUGAUCAAAAAGAAUAAUUUCUGCGGAAAAAUAAUUAUUACGUUCAAGAUCACGCACAGGAAUCUGUUUUCAGAGACAGCACAUCUGUGGCGAGGUGCAAAUGGCAGCAUAUUCUGAUUUUCAUGCAAGUGCAGGGUUUGGCAGACCGGUCUGUACCAAGCUGGGCCUUCUGGUGCAGAAAGGGUGUGUCCUUGGCGAUGCGCCCAAUGGAGUGACAAUUUGGUGGCAGAAAGUCGGUCUAAACUUAGUUCUGCACUCAGACCACAUCUAACUGCAGGCGCAGGAUAAACCGCUGGUCUAACGCGAUUUUGGGGAAUUUGAUCGGGGCAAAUCUUUUUCUGACAGAAUAAGUAAGGAAGCAAUCUUGUCUUUGUGUGUUUUUAUUACAAAAAAGAAAGAAAAGUCUUUGCAAAGAGAGGAAAAGGUACCAGUCUUACGAGUUGUCACCCCUUACUGAAGCCCAGACAGAAAACCCCUUUGUUAUAUCGAAGUGAGAGAGACAGAGAAGGAAAGCAAAACAAUUAUCUUUGUCCAGCUGCUGUAUAAAACUAAUAGAAGUAAUAUUUGGUAUAUAUAAAACAUACAUUUUGCAACUCAAAAGAAACAGAGAUACUGAGGUCUGCGGACAUCAGUAUUUAAAUCGCCAGCGGUUAUUACUCGCUCAUUCUGUAUUUAUUAAGGGUACACGCUCACAUUGGACCUCAUUCACGAAUAAAUGCAUGGAAAUAUUUGUAAUCUUACUCUGCACAAGUUGAGCGUGUAUGCAAAAUCACUGUCAGAUUAAUGACACGUGUGUACUGACCAAUUUUCUUCAUCCACUUGUGCUCAUAAACUGCGAUCUGCAUAAACCGUGUGUGUGUGUGUGUGUGUAUAUAUAUAUAUAUAUAUAUAUGCCAUGCUGCCCAGCCCAAAAAUAUUUAACCUACAAAAAACACAAGUUCUAAUAAUGAACAAUUGUAGUUGCAACAUUUGUUUUUAAUGAAAUCAGUGUGGCGCUCGGAGGACAUUGUCACUGGUAGGAAAAAGACUCUCCCCGUUCUGCAAGCUAUAGUGUUACCUCUUGUUUGCUACCGAAUACAAGUUAAUUAAAUAUACUGUAGAUUUAUGCUUAACUUCUUGACAUUGAAAAUAAACCUUCCAAAUAAGCUAAAAAAAAUGAAUAGCAAUGUACUUAUAAUCAUGUUUACCAAGGGAUAAAUAUCUAGUUAAUUCUGAUUAAAGCUGACUAUUAUUGACAACUUUCACACACAUAAACGCUUCAUAACUCAAGCUGAUGACUUGAAUUUUGAUUGGAGAGCCACUUGUUCUGAUUGGACAAUUGGGGACAUCGAAGAGGUGGGUGCAGGUGGAGAAGGUCACGCACAUGUGAGGUCACUCCCUCAGUCAGCUAUCAGAUGGUCCAUGGAGACCGCAGACUUGGUCAUGGCUCUGUGGACAGCAACAUCCAUCUUCCUGGCUUUCUUUCUGGGUGUUCAUUGCUGGCAUGAUCUGGACAACACAGAGUAUGACUGCUGGCCAAGCAACAAUCCAAAUGAUUUCAACAUGAUCAGCUGCGGUGGUCUGGAGAUGGCUUGGGUGCAGCGCCCUCCAGAGAAAGUCACAAAUGGGGAGGAAUUCAAUGUUUCGUACACAGUCACAGCCUCAGAUUCCUUCUAUGACUACGCUGUCCGCAACAGGAUUUUCCAGUUCAGUGACGCUGUGGAGGCGAAGAGGUUCUGUCACGAGCACGACUGUCCCUCCAACUGGAACAAUGCCAAUGAAAUCAAUUGUUGCGUGCACCACGCCAACAUCCACUCGUGUCCUUUGGGCCUCAUGAAACAAGGCGGCAUCUGUGGCCCAUGGAUUCCCGAUGAUGGCAAAAUAGUGACUCAUACGGUGUCCAAAGCAGGCAAGAUGAGCCAGAAAUACUGGACGUCAAAGGUGGUGCUGAUCCAUGUGGGCGUCACAUCAGUCAUUGCUCAUAUCAAAAUAGGACAAAUGCACGCAGCACUGGAAUCUAAAGUGCUUGUUGUCAGUGCUCAAGUGUGUGGCGAUGACGUCUGUGAGGUGGAGGAGAACUGUCUCAACUGUCCUGCAGACUGCGGCAUCUGCCCCAUGUCCAUGGCCAUCAAGGUGUCCAUUGGCCUCCCGGUCGCACUUUUCAGCGCCGGAUUCAUCUUGACCAUGGUGUGGCUUCAGUACCAGAAACAGAAGAUGUUUUGGGAUGAAAGCUGGAUCAUUGACUAUAAGAGUAUAAUAUUCGGCAGGGUGUGCGGUACAGACUUUGGCAGUACAAACAGCCCCCAGCAUGGGAAAAGCACUUCAAAUGUCAGUCAAUUGACUGACAUAACCAUGUGCACCGGCGUCAACACCUUCUUCAAGCAGGGCUUCAUCCAGCCUGGCAUCUAUGAUGGCAGAACAGUUGCAGUCAAACACAUCCAGAAGAAGCACUUUGCUCUCUCUAAAAGUAUCAGGAAGGAGGUGAAAGAGGUCAGAGAACUGGACCAUCCAAAUCUUUGCAAGUUCAUUGGGGGUUCCAUUGAGGUGCUGUAUGUGGUCAUCAUCACAGAACACUGCCCCAAAGGAAGCCUGUCUGAUGUCUUACUCAAUGAUGAGAUCCCUAUCAACUGGGGGUUUAGACUGUCCUUUGCCACUGACGUUGCCCGUGGGAUGUCCUACCUGCACCAACACAAGAUGUUUCAUGGUAGACUUCACUCCAGGAACUGUGUUAUUGAUGAUCGUUGGGUUUGCAAGAUCUCAGAUUACGGGCUUACACUCUACAGAAAGGAGGAUUUUGAUGCAGUCAGUAAUGGGUUCACUUGUGGCGAUGUAAACCGUGUCUACUGUGCUCCAGAGGUCCUCCUGGGAAGUAGCUCGACUAUGACACCAGGAGCAGACGUCUACAGCUACGCCAUGAUCCUGGUCGAGAUAGCCACUCGCUCUGACCUCAUCUCAGACCAGGCGGAGGGAGUGAGGAUGGACAUCAUAUGGCGCCCUCCUCUUCCCGAGCUCAAAGCAGAAAAAAGCGACGUGGACUGCCCCAGUCAAGAAGACUACUGUGAGCUUAUCAAGAAGUGUUGGUCUCACAACCUCACCACGAGGCCCACAUUUGAGCAGGUCAAGAAGAUGCUGGACAAGAUGAACCCACAUAAAGUCAGCCCCGUGGACAUGAUGAUGAACCUGAUGGAGAAGUAUAGCAAACAUCUGGAAGCCAUAGUUGCUGAGAGAACACAGGACCUUCUACAAGAGAAACAGAAGACUGAUCGCUUGUUAUACAGCAUGUUACCGAAGCCGGUUGCCGAUGACCUUCGCCAAGGCAGAACCACAGAGGCUCAGAGCUUCUCCAACGCUACUGUCUACUUCAGUGACAUUGUGGGUUUCACUCAGCUGUCAGGGGCGAGCACGCCCCAUCAGGUUGUGGACUUCCUCAACCAGCUCUAUACCACCUUUGACGACAUCAUUGACAAUUAUGACGUCUACAAAGUAGAGACCAUUGGAGACGCUUACAUGGUGGUCUCAGGGGUCCCCCAAGAAAAUGGCAUAAAUCACGCUGGGGAGAUCGCCAGCAUGGCCUUGGAUCUGGUCAAUGUUUGCCAUGCGUUCAAGAUCCCCCACAAGCCCAACACACAGCUGAAGAUUCGUGCAGGCAUACACUCGGGACCUGUCGUUGCUGGUGUUGUUGGGACCAAAAUGCCUCGUUACUGCUUAUUUGGAGACACGGUCAACACGGCGUCACGGAUGGAAUCAACGAGUGAAGCAUUGAAGAUCCAAGUGAGUGGGGCCACAGCUGACCUGCUUCACAUGUUGAGAGGAUAUAUUCUAACCUGCAGAGGGACACUCAAUGUAAAGGGCAAAGGUGAGAUGAAAACAUGGUGGCUCGAAGCCAAGCGAAACGAGUGCACGGAUCCGCUGCUCAGCACGUCAGAGUCCACAGGAGGUCCCGUGCCAGUUAGUGAUUGAAGCUAGCCAGCAUGUCCAAGAUGUGAACAUACAGUAUAAAUAACCACGUGCAGUGACUGAUUACGUAGUGUAAACGACACCAUAGUUGUAAAGGUUGAGCUCAAUUGUCAUUGUCAAACUUUAGCUGUAGUGGCAAUGUCAAACAUUCUACUCAGACUUUUAUUGAUAAAGUCUUUUAUUUCAGGUUCAACCAUUAAUAUUUCAAUUUUUUUGUUAUUGUCUGUGUUUUCCCUGCCAUGUAGCAACUGAUCUCAACAUUAGAUACAACUGUCCUGACAUAUAAUACAAGAGCAGGAUCAAAAAUGUUCUACAAAGACAGCAAUGCUCCCACUGUUUAGUCAGUGUUACUAAUAUAACAAUAUGUUUAUUAUUGUUGUUGUAAUAUUCUGCACCGCACCAUACAUCAUUUAAUGAUGAGAGUCUAAAUAUAAUGAUCAUAUUUUGACUGCUAUAUUGCUGAACAAGGUAUCUAUAAUGUUUGAAACACAUCUAAGUUUGAAACAGUGCAGUUCUACACCACUGUAAUCUACAACCACAGUAAUAAAUCCUGUUAAAUUAACCUCUUAUCUCAGUAGUGUGGAAUAUUUGAUAGAGCCCUUAGAUUGUGUAUAAUUCUGUAUAUGUGAUUUAAAAGCAAAUUUUAAACUGUGGGGUUUAACACAUUGUUUUACUCAUUACAAAUGAAACAAUUGUGCGUAGUAUUGUAUUUAUUCUUGACAUUUAUGUUGUUUUCGUAACCGUAUACUCACUCAUUUAAACCUCAAUGUUGACAUAUGGUGUCCCGCAUUCUCUGUGCUGUGAAUAUCCAUGUCAGUGUACAGGGGUCCUCAGUUUACGGCGGUUACGAAGGGUGAGAUGGCAGUUCUGAGGGGUCGGGGGGGGGACACUGUGCCUGGACACUGCUCUUUGUUGCCAUUAAAAAUAGGAAUAUGUGACGCGUAGAAGAUGUCUACAGCUAAUUCGCAGUCUUACUCCCUGGUCAGGCUUUAGAAUACAACGAAAGCUUGUACUGAAUGCAAUUUAAAAAAUUAAAACAAAGUAAUACAAUUAAUAAAUACCAUGAAUGAAUAAAUUUCGACACAUUUAGAUGAAUUGUGUGCACGUGUGUGUGUGUGUGUGUGUGUGUGUGUUUUAAACUGUGCCCAUCUGAAAAAAACCCUGGCUCCACCCCGGCCUCCCCAGUAAAAGUGGUCUAGAACACCUGUGUCAAACUGCUGGCCCGGGGGCCAGAUCCGGGCCUCCACAUCAUUUUAUGUGGCCCACGAAACCAAAUCAUCUGUGUCGACUUAUGUUUCUUGUGAAAA